CAUUCCGUGUGUGUAUUCGGAAACGGAAAACAUAAGUUUUCAGUGACUUAGUACUUUGCAUUGUGGUUUUUUUUUAUCAAAGGAGUGUUUUCAUUGAACUCUAGGCACGCAUGUAUAGCUCGUUAAAUUUGAUGAAUCAAGGUUUUCGGCGCGUUAUACAAACUCGCCGAAGUAUGAGUAAUGUUUUAGAGGGCAAGCCGAUGGAAACGUCGAUAAGGAAAAAGUUAAGCGCAGCAUUAAAUCCACAGCAUCUUGAUGUCUUGAACGAGUCUUAUAUGCACAAUGUACCAAAAGGUUCAGAAACUCAUUUCAAGGUUGUCGUGAUUUCAGAAAAAUUUGAAAACCAACCUCUUAUCAAGAGACAUCGCAUGGUCAAUGAAUUGCUGAAAGAAGAAUUGACAUCCGGAGUUCAUGCUUUGUCGAUUGUGGCAAAAACUCCAUCGCAAUGGGAAGAUAGUACAAAGACAGUGGAGUCAAGUCCAGCAUGUAAAGGUGGAUUUGGAAGAUAAAACUUAUAAACUGAUGAGUGUAUAAUGAAAUAAGAAAAAAAAAACAAAAUUUUACAUUUCUCGUAUUUUAUUUCAUGAUUGUUAAAUCGUGAAUGAAAAAUGUUUUUUUAAGAACGAUUGAAUUUCAAAAAAAUUCAUAAUCGAACAAAAUAUAAAGUGUGGAACAGAAAAUAGGUAUUAAUGUCAUAAAGAAAAAGUGUCUAGUCUCAAUUUUCCUUCGUUCUCUGAAAGAUACAGCAUAUCGGCCAUUGAUUGUUCUGACAUUGCCUCCUCAGCUUUUUCGCACAUCUGUAAAAUAAAUCGAUCAAUUAUAAUUUCACGGAUCAAUAAACAAUAUUCAUAACAGAA